AGCCCCGCCCCUUUUCCCGGUUGGCCCCGCCUGCUCCGGACUAUAGUAUUAGCGGAGUUCUCACGUGUCAAUCAUCACUAGCAGUGACAGCCGCCAUGCCCGGGAUCCUGCUCGGAGAGGUAUUCCCUAACAUCGAGGCCAAUACCACCAUCGGCCCGAUCAAACUGCACGACUUCCUGGGAAAUGAUUGGGGUGUCCUUUUUUCACAUCCAAGGGAUUAUACACCGGUCUGCACCACAGAGCUCGGACGGGCAGUAAAGUUGGCGCCAGAAUUUAAGAAACGCAAUGUCCGCAUGAUUGCUUUGUCCAUAGACAGUGUGGAAGACCAUCUGGGAUGGAGCAAGGACAUAAAUUCUUACAACUGUGAUGAGCCAAAGGAGACUCUGCCCUUUCCAAUUAUCGCAGAUCCUAAAAGGGAGCUUGCUGUACUGUUGGGUAUGCUGGACCCCGAUGAGAAGGACAGUCAGGGUAUGCCAGUAACUGCCCGAUGUGUCUAUAUUAUUGGUCCAGAUAAGAAAAUGAAGCUUUCUAUCCUAUACCCAGCAACCACUGGUAGAAAUUUUGAUGAGAUCUUGAGGGUUAUUGACUCCCUGCAGCUGACAGCAACCCACAAUGUUGCAACCCCUGUGGACUGGAAGCCUGGAGACAGAGUCAUGGUUCCACCAACUGUACCACAGGCAGAAGCUGACAAGAUCUUCACCUGUGGCGUUUUCACCAAAGAGCUGCCUUCUGGGAAGAAAUACAUGCGUUAUACCGCUCAACCACAUUAAUUUUCUUACGCUGAACCACUUCUGCUUGGUGGUGGAAAGCGCUUGAGCCAAGUUUUACACAAAUCAAAUACGUUCAUAUAUGAUUUCCUCACGUUUCAGUAAUUCAGCCUACAAAAAAAAUUACUGAAUCAUUAUGUAAUUUUGGUAUUGGUAGCUUAUUAACAUUAUGCCUAUCUUUUUCUUUUAUAUAAGGCUUUGUAUAAUUGUUAUGUUGGCCUGCACCAAAUCUCCAGUCUACAUUGCACUACUGUUACUAAACAAAUGUUGAGACUUAAUGAUCUAAUUAGCAGGAGAUUUAAAGGGGUAUCAAGCCCUCGGAAAGCCUAUGCCAGCCAUUGAGUGCCUUUUGACUAAAUCCAAUGCCCUUUAAAUUAGUGUGGCUUUCUUUUCUUUUUUUUUUUUUUUUUUUUUUUUCAUUGAAUUCGAAAAAUAAAACUUUGCAGGGGUCUUUUGUAAACAAUCUAGGCGUUGUACUCACUACAGAAAGUUUGCCUUUCAAGUAUCUGGGCUGCCUGUAAAAUUAUUUUUGUCAAAUAAAUUCUUCAUGUGAACUGAAAA